CUCAAAACGCCCUAUCAAAAAAAAAAAAAAAAAAAAAACUCAAAACGCCGCCGCCGAGCGCCGGCUCCCGAAGAAACCCAACCCCAAGUGCCGGCGAGAAGGAACGGCGCCACCGCCACGAUGGACGCCUCGGCCGGCGGCGGCGGUAACUCUGUGCCGACCUCCGGCGCGGACGGCUCCAAGCGGCGCGUCUGUUACUUCUACGACGCAGAGGUGGGCAACUACUACUACGGGCAGGGCCACCCGAUGAAGCCGCACCGCAUCCGCAUGACCCAUGAGCUGCUCGCCCACUACGGCCUCCUCGACCAGAUGCAGGUGCUCCGCCCGCACCCCGCUCGCGACCGCGACCUCUGCCGCUUCCACGCCGACGACUACGUCGCCUUCCUCCGCUCCGUCACCCCGGAGACACAGCAGGACCAGAUCCGCGCGCUCAAGCGCUUCAACGUCGGGGAGGACUGCCCCGUUUUCGAUGGACUCUACAGCUUCUGCCAGACCUACGCGGGGGGAUCCGUCGGCGGCGCCGUCAAGCUCAACCACGGGCACGACAUCGCCAUCAACUGGGCCGGCGGACUCCACCACGCCAAAAAGUGCGAGGCGUCUGGGUUCUGCUAUGUCAAUGACAUCGUCCUCGCCAUCCUCGAGCUCCUCAAGUACCACCAGCGCGUUCUGUACGUGGAUAUUGAUAUCCACCACGGGGACGGUGUGGAGGAGGCGUUUUACACCACGGACCGGGUGAUGACAGUCUCAUUCCACAAGUUUGGGGAUUAUUUCCCCGGGACAGGGGUCAUUCACGAUGUAGGGCACAACAAGGGAAAGUAUUACUCCAUGAAUGUCCCGUUGGAUGAUGGUAUUGAUGACGAGAGCUACCAGUCGUUGUUCAAGCCGUUAAUGGGCAAGGUGAUGGAGGUCUUCAGCCCUGGUGUGGUGGUGCUCCAGUGCGGUGCGGAUUCCUUGUCAGGCGACAGGUUGGGCUGUUUCAACCUAUCAAUUAAGGGGCACGCGGAGUGCGUGAGAUUCAUGAGGUCCUUCAAUGUCCCGCUGCUGCUGCUUGGUGGCGGUGGGUAUACCAUAAGAAAUGUUGCAAGAUGUUGGUGCUAUGAGACAGGAGUUGCACUUGGUCAUGAGCUCACUGACAAGAUGCCUCCUAAUGAGUAUUACGAGUAUUUUGGUCCAGAUUACACUCUACAUGUUGCUCCAAGUAACAUGGAGAAUAAAAACACAAGGCAGCAAUUGGAUGAUAUAAGAUCAAAACUGCUUGAUAAUCUUUCAAAACUCCGACAUGCUCCUAGUGUCCAAUUUCAAGAGCGACCUCCAGAGGCUGAGUUACCUGAGAGAGAUGAAGAUCAAGAGAAUCCUGAUGAAAGACAUGACACUCAUUAUGAUAUGGAAAUGAAUGAUGUCAAGCCUAUCAAUGACUCAGGAAGGAGAAGCAGUAUACAUAGUGUAAGAAUGAAGAACGAAUCUGCUGAGACAGAGGCAACAGAUCGGGAUGUUAAUAGGGUAGUUGCAGAACAUCCAAGAGGUACAGGAGCUGUGACUGAUGGAGUUGGUUCCUCAAAACAAGCCCUCCCAAAUGAUGCAAGUUCGAUGGCCACAGACGAAUUAGGUGCUCUGAAAGUUGAUCCAGAGAGUUCAAACAAAUUGUAGGACCAACCACCGAUGUACCAGAAACCAUGAUCAGCAACCGUAACUAGCAACUGAUGUCAUUUGUAGCCUAUUGAUUCUUUUGUGCAAAUUCAUUGACCACAGACAAGCCAUGACAGUUGAAACGCUACACCAGGGAGCCAAAACAAAUGCUGGAGCAGCAAGUUAUGCAUUUGAGUCCAUGAUGUUUUACACACUACAUUUGUGAUUCCGGCAAUUGCAAACGACGGUGGAUUGGUCAUAGCGAUUUUAUCCUAAACCCCUACCUGCUGUAGAGGAAUUGAGUCGUGAUUCAAUUCAAUAUAUUCUGGACCCCAUCAAACAGUACUCUUAAUCUAGAUGACAUUCUGGUGCAUGCAACUUUGUAAUGUGUAGCUAGAUGAAAGCUCUUUUGGUGGGAGCUGUUUCUCUUCCUCUUCCCUUGCACUUGCACAUGGACAUGGGGAUGUCUCUAGCAGCCUAGGAUAAGAGCUCUGUGAUAGCCUAUUUAUUGGAAAAUAUUGUUUCACAUGCUAUUUUAUUUAUAGAUCUUGGUUCACAUCAGUUUUCUUAUUUUUGA